UUCAUUUUUACUUUUGGAGUACGCGAAUCCAUAGUUCGCCUGUUGUUGGCUGUUGUUUUGUUGGCUUUUGGCUUGACGUAUUUUCGUGUUAUUUUUUGUUUGGCGUUCGUUUAUUUUAAUAAUGUUAUGUCGUGAGUGAAAGGAACUCCAAUUAAAUCGAGGUUAUUAUCGAAACUUUUUUUGAUAAACAGAAUGUACUAAGAAGCAAGUUGUGUAAAGGAUCCUUGUCCUUAUUUUGACUGAGUGAAAUUUCUGUGAUUACAAUCAUGGUGCAGGAGUACGUUUCUUCCGUGAGGGUUCACAAAUAUCCCUUCGAAAUGGUUAUGGCGGCAUACGAAAGACGGUUUCCGAACUGCCCUCAGAUACCAGUGGUCUUGGAGUGUGUCAUCACAGAUGAUAGCUGGACGGCUGAUGAUGCGCAGCGUCACACUACCAGACGCUGUCAGCUUAACGUAGAAGCACCCUAUCUUCUGAAAAAGAUGAUAGGUGUGGACUACGUAUACUUCAUUCAGAAGAAUCAUCUGGACCUCAAGGGUCGUGUUCUGGAGAUCGAAGCCACAAAUGAGACCUUCGCAUCGAGGGUGUCUGUUGUCGAGAAAUGUCGUUACUAUGUUCAUCCCGAGAACACGAACUGGACCUGUUUCGAGCAGAGCGCGCUCCUCGAUGUGAAGAAUUUCUUCGGCCUGGAGAGCACUGUGGAGAAGAUAGCCAUGAAACAGUACGCCUCAAAUAUUGCGAAAGGCAAGGAGCUAAUUGAGGAGUUCAUGAAAGAAGUCUACGAUGAUGGUGUGAAAGACCUGAAACCCUGGAAGUCAUCUGACCCCUCGCUCAACCGGGAGUUGCGCCGCGUGGUGUCUCGUGGCACGGAGCCAUUAUCUCCACGACCCGCUGCUGAAACCAAGAAACAUUCUUUACCAGACCAAUACUCACUGGACAGUGAGUAUAUUAAGCGAUAUCUGGGCGAGCUGAGUCCGAUCCAGGAAUCCAGGCUUCUGCAGCUAAGAAAGUGGAUAGCUGAUCUGCAAAAGGGCAAGGUUCCAAGCGAUACGACACUUCUUCGUUUCCUCCGCGCGAGAGAUUUCAACGUGGAAAAAGCGAGAGAGAUGCUCUCGCAGUCUCUCCUAUGGCGAAAGAAACAUCAAGUGGACAAGAUCCUGUCGGAGUACGAGACUCCCGAUGUCGUCAAACAGUAUUUCCCUGGGGGCUGGCAUCACCACGAUAAAGACGGCCGACCCCUAUACGUGCUUCGUCUGGGGCAGAUGGAUGUAAAGGGACUGCUCAAGUCAAUUGGAGAGGAUGGCCUUCUUAAGUUGACUCUUCACGUAUGUGAAGAAGGCUUGAAAUUACUAGAAGAAGCAACUCGAUCGUCGGAGCACGCUGUCCAUUCCUGGUGUCUCUUGGUAGACCUUGACGGUUUGAACAUGAGGCAUCUAUGGAGACCAGGCGUCAGGGCUCUGCUACGAAUUAUCCAGAUAGUGGAAGCCAACUACCCCGAGACCAUGGGCAGAGUUCUCAUCGUCAGAGCCCCUAGAGUCUUCCCGAUAUUGUGGACUAUUGUGAGCACGUUCAUCGAUGAAAACACCCGCAGUAAGUUCUUGUUCUACGGUGGCAAGGAUUAUCUACAAGCUGGAGGGUUACUCGACUAUAUUCCCAAAGAAUACAUCCCAGACUUCCUCGGGGGGCCCUGCAAGAGUUUCGUCCACGAGGGCGGGCUGGUACCGAAGAGUUUGUACGCGAGCGGCGCCUUCACUGAAAGAGAUGGGGAUCCUCUCUCCGAAGAUAGUAUAUAUAGAUCUGUCAGCCUGGCCAAAGGACAGGUUCACGAAGUGAUAGUGGUGAAUCGUGACCCUCAGAGUGUGCUGACGUGGGACUUUGACGUGCUCCGUCACGAUAUCUCUUUCACCGUAUUUCGGACUGACUGCGAACUGGAGCAGCCGGACCAGACCGAUCACGCUGCUGCAAUUUGCGUGGGUGGGACGGCCUUAGAGGAGGGUAAAUCUUUGUUGGAGGCGCAAGGGUGGCGCGAGGGUGAGCAAUACCAUCGCGUGGAACCCGCCCUCGUUUGCCACGACGGGGAGAGCAUACAGGGCUCUCACGUGAUGUCCGAAAGCGGCAGUUAUCUGCUGCAGUGGCGCUGUGAGCUGCUCGACACUUCCUCUCGUGCAGCCCAGCUCAUGUACUUCCACGAGAUCCUUGCCAGCCAUCACUACAAAGGUUCAAUGUCGAGCCUCCAAUCGGCCACGAGCGGAUUCUCCUGCUUGAGCAACAAGUCGGGUAGCUCCUGCCCGUCGCGGUGAUGCGAGUUGCCCGCGCCGCCGCGCUAGAGCGGAAUGCGGAGCGGAGAGCGGAUCACUAUUUCGUCCUAUGCGAAGUGAAGAAUGCUAUCUUUUGAGAUUUUUUUAAAUUUUAGCUAAUUUUGUCAUUUGCGUGACUCUGUUCUGACAAUGAAAUGUGGGAAUAAUAUGUUUUAUAAAUUACAAAAAUUAAUAUAGAAAAGCCGAUGCAGAAAAGUCGAGUGAGAAACGGAAGUUGUGUCUUUGUGUCGGAAUUAUUAAUAACAAAGUAAAUUAAUAGAAUUAUAGUUAAUAUUAGAUUUAAUAAAAUCGUUACCCAAAUUACGCGAAUUAAAUUUGUAGAGAUUUAAAAGUAAAUAUUGGUUUGAAAAUGUAUAAACUGAUUGAUAUUUACUUAGUUAAAUAGUGAAGCCGCGGAGUCGGGCUGAUAUUCUUUUGCAAUUGCAGUGAUUUUUCACGCCCAACGUGUAACUUAAAAAUGUGGAAUUGAAAACCGUUAUCGUUUAGAUAAAGUAAUAUUUAUGACCCAACUCAGCCGUCUCAUCGCAACGUGAACCGUAAUACCUUAAAAUAGAGUAUAUUUUCGAUCAAUUAAGCGUUUAGAAUAUGUAGCCAAUAAGAAUCUUAAUUAUCGUACGCAUGUGUCAACUUGUAAAGUAUUUUUUUAUCGAAUAUUUUGUUGUUUUAGGUCAUUUUUUGUAAUUUUAUCGUAUUCAUUUGUAAGACGUUAGUUGAAUUGACGUUUUCACUACUUUGGCCCAUCCUCGUAUGAAAGUAUUUCGCCCUACUAAACAAAAUUCAAUAUAUUUUCAUAACGAGAUUCUUCAUAAUACAAACAUUAUUUCCGUUUAACACAAGUAAUCAUCCGUCUCUUUCAUCACACUGUAAGCACAAGUUGACAGAAAGAGACGUAAGAGUACUUUGAGUAGAUGAGGAGAAUCAGACGGUACAUUGUCUAUGGCGUAUUUAAAGCAAUGAUUAGUAAAACGAAUAAAGAAAGUAUCUUAAGCAUUCAUUUUAUAAUUUAAAGAAGAGGUGGUUCCUUUUUUCUAUAGC